AGUCUGAAGAAGGGUUUUGGCCUGAAACGUCGCCUAUUUCCUUCGCUCCAUAGAUGCUGCUGCACCCGCUGAGUUUCUCCAGCAAUUUUGUGUACCGACAAUUUGACAAGUUCACUUCCGCAAUCCAGCAGAGGAAAACAGAGGAGCAGAUGUGGGCAAAGGUGCUGAGGAAGGUGGUUUCUGCGGGCCCUCUGGCCUCUGCAGCCCCGCGCCUCAGAGCAAUGCCCGCCCCGGCGGCUGUCAGUGGUUAUGCUGGAGCCGGGGCGGCUCUGGGUGGUCGCACUCGGCAUUACUCAGAUACUCGUCCGCUCUCCGAGAUCCAAUUACAACAUUUAGAAGGCAGCAACUCGGGAAUUGCAACAAUUUUAAUGAACAGACCUCAUGCAAGAAAUUCCCUUGGAAAAGUAUUUGUUAUGCAGCUUGAAGAAAUCAUUGAAGAUCUGCAAAAAGACAAAAGUGUGCGUGUGGUGUUGUUCAAGAGCCAGAUCAAAGGAGUUUUCUGUGCAGGUGCUGAUUUGAAAGAACGAGCAGAAAUGACUAAUACCGAAGUUGGCCACUUUGUUCACAAGCUGCGAAGUUUAAUGAGCAAUAUUGCAUCCCUGCCCAUGCCCACCAUUGCUGCAAUAGAUGGCUUUGCACUUGGUGGUGGUCUGGAGCUGGCAUUGGCCUGUGAUCUUCGUGUGGCAGCAUCUUCAGCCAAAAUGGGUCUUAUUGAAGUUACCAGAGGCCUCCUCCCCGGUGCUGGUGGUAGCCAGCGGCUGCCUCGUAUUGUGGGAAUCAACAAGGCGAAGGAACUUAUUUUCACUGGUCGACAGGUUGAUGGCAAGCAAGCAGUGUCCAUUGGUCUCGUGAAUGACACUGUGACUCAAAAUGACGUGGGAGAUGCAGCUUAUCAAAAGGCUCUCGAUCUUGCCAAAGAGAUACUUCCACAGGGUCCAGUGGCUGUCAGGAUGGCAAAGCAAGCAAUGAACAGAGGCAUUGAGGUAGAUGUUACAUCUGGAAUGGCAAUUGAGGAAAUGUGUUAUGCUCAGGUCAUACCCACAAAAGACCGAUUGGAAGGGAUGGCAGCAUUCAAAGAGAAACGAUUACCGCACUUUACUGGAAAAUGAAAUAAAAUGCAUCUCUGAUCUGCAGUAUAAACUAAAUAAACUAAAUACAUUCACAGUUAAGUACUUAACUUGAAAAUUAUGUUUCCUGAUAUGGCACUUUUACAGAUCACUGUAAAUUUUCAGUGAUUCUACACUAUGUGUACACGGUGUCAUUUGGCUGGGUCGGAAAUGUAGUACAGGUUGAAACACUCUAUAGCAUGUUUUGAAUCUCUAGUGCAGAUCCGUACAAAUUAACUAAUUCUAAGAUCUAAAAUUAGCUAACUACUAAUCUGCAGCUAAUUAACAGCCCAGUGCAACAUAUGCAAUAUUAGCCUACACUAAUCUCAGCCGACACCAUUUCCAAUUUAUUGAAAUGUUCGGCUUAUGGGACCGUUCUCAAACCCUUACACAACCCAGGGAGUGUCUUUAAAGAACGGUUUUGCUCAGAGGAGGAUCUUCAGGGAACAGUUUUUGCGGUUUGGCAGCAAUCAGAUCCCAAGAGUGCCAGGAGAGUUUCAAACUAGUAACAAAUGUUAUUGACAGUUUAAUAGGAGCCCUUAUAAUGGGUACUCCAUGUCGUUCAUUUUCCAUGUAUAUUGCUGUUUUCAAAUCAUUUUUUAAAAAUUGCAUAUCUGACAGGAUUUUGCUAAAUAAUUGACGUCUUUUGUUUCAAUAAAGUUAAUCAAAUGGAA